AUGGAGCCGGGAGCCGGGUGCGGCCCGGGCUGCGGGCAGCGGGAGCCCUCGGGGGGCGCUCUGAGGAGCCGUGUGGGCCCCGGAUGCCGUGGGGAGAGGCCACCGUUCAGGGUCCAGCGGGACGAGCCUGGGGUGCCCGUGGAGAGGCUCCCCUGCUGCGGGGACUCGCUGACAGCCACCACCAAGAGGCUCCAGGAGACGUCGGACACAGCCAGGCCGCCCCAGGAGGCAGCAGGCACGGAAGAGCCGCCUACCGUGGCCUUGCCAGCUGUGCCCAGCAGGGUACCAUCCCCAGAGACUGGGAAGGAUCCCUCUGGGAUCACGCUUCCCUGGCUUGGAAAGUGGGGGGCCAGCCCCGAGGAGGAGCCCCCUGCCACAAUGCCGGCGCUGCCCCCCAUCCCACCGCCGCCAGCAGAGAAGCCCAGCCAGUCCGUGCCCUGGCGGAGCCGUGUGACCCGUGACUGGCAGAAGGAGGUAAUUGUGGAUCCCCUGGACUCUCGGCCAGGGAAGGAUUUGGGCAGUGAGGACUUCCAGCGUGGCUACCAUGGACUGCCGAUCCACCAGCUUCUCUCCUCACUCACUGAGAGCUCCCCCCCAAAGGACUGCCCCCCGCUCAGGGCCGUGCUGCUGGGGCAAGGGCAGCGGAAGGCUACAUUGGCAUCCAUGCUCUACGAGAAAUACAGCAAGGAGACGGAGGAGGAGAUCCGUCCGCGCCCGAGGCGCAUGGAAUCUGUCUCCACCACGCACCACGACUACCGUGCCAUGGGUUUCCAGUCCACACCCCAGCCCACCACCCAGCCUCACAAUUACUUAACGGAGCAGCCAACCAGCUUCUGGCUGGAGCAAGCCCGUGGAAUGCCGGGUGUCACUGCCCUCUUCGGCAGAAACAUUCCCUUCAAGAGGAAUGCAGACUUCUCCACUCCCAUUACCAUGUACUUAGGGCAUCCCGAGCCCUUCAACCUCUGUGACCCCUACGACGACCCCCUGAGCAGACAGCUCCAGCCCCACAAGUAAUAAAAAACAAGGGGACACAGGUGGUCCCAGCCUACCCCAA